UUUCAAAACCCAAAAAACCUAACGACAGCCACCCAUACCCAGCAAAGAACAAAUUCUUUGCUAGUUUAUUUCCGUCCUUCAUUAGACAUUCUGGUUGUGGCAGCAAGAAAGAAAGAAAGAAAUGCAUCUUCCUUGGAACGGCUAUAGGUACAGAACGAGCAGUACGGUACGAGAUGAGUUCAAUGUAGUUGUAUCCUCACACGAUUUUGGACGUCUAGGCUACCUCGAAGGACGAAGGAACGCAUUUAUUGAAAAUUCGCGAUUGAAAUGCUGCUGGAAAAAAUUUACGACGUUCCGAUUGGCAUCCGCAUCCUAGAAAAGGUUUCCUUCUUAAAGAACCUUUCCAGUGUUUGGAAAAAUCGCUGGCAUCAAUUCAACAUUUUGUUUCUGACGUUUCUCUCCUACUCCAGUUACCACAUUUCUCGUAAACCAACGAGCGUCAUUAAAAAUGUUCUUAAUCAAAAUUGUACCGGCCUGGAACCCCCUCCUGGGUUAAACAUAAGUGGCAUUGAAAAUACCUGGUGCAGCUGGCACCCGUUUGAUGGACAAAAUGCAGGUACACUUCUUGGUGCUUUGGACUCUGCCUCCCUGUUUUCUUAUGCUUUCGGGAUGUAUAUGAUGGGUUUACUUGGAGAGCGUAUAAACAUCCGAUACUUUCUUUCUAUUGGAAUGAUGCUAUCUGGAUUUUUCGCCUGUUUGCUUGGUUUGGCAUAUUGGGCUAACAUUCACUCCUUAACAUACUUCCUUGUCGUUCAGAUUUUAGCGGGUCUUUUCCAGUCCACUGGUUGGCCAGGUUGCGUAGCCGCUGUAGGGAACUGGUUUGGGAAAAACAAACGAGGACUUAUAAUGGGCAUUUGGCGCUCACACCACAGCAUUGGAAAUAUCAUCGGUACGCUGAUUGCCGGAGCUUUUGUCGAGGAGGCAUGGGGUCUUUCGUUUGUUGUUCCAGCUGCCAUCAUUUUUGGAUUAGGUUUGUUUCUCUUCCUCUUUUUGGUUCCUGACCCUCGAGCUGUGGGUUGCGACGUUCCAGAACACGCUGGCUGCCUAUCGCAAACGAAUCCCACUGCGGAGAACGCUGAAUUCGAAAACCAAAGAAAUGGUAGCAUGGGAUCAACCACCCCCGGAAUGAACGAACAAUGCGAGCCUCCAUCUGAGUUGAAAGCUGACGAUGAAGAAAAAGCCAUCAGUUUCUGGAGGGCCGUUCGGAUUCCCGGCGUCGUUGAGUAUUCGUUUAGCCUGUUUUUCACAAAGUGUAUCAAUUAUACUUUCCUUUAUUGGCUACCACGCUAUCUGAAGGACUCAAGUGAAACGUUGGGUAGUCAGCAAGCUGCUGAUUUAUCAACUCUCUUUGAUAUUGGUGGAAUAUUCGGUGGUGUAUUAGCUGGCCUUUUGAGCGAUCUCACGGGCAUGAGUGCUUUUACGUGUUCUGGUUAUUUUAUUCUUACAAUACCAGCGUUGUUCAUUUACAGAGAAUUCGGAUCUGUAGGUGGAGCGUUUAAUAUGACUUUAUUGUUUCUAGUUGGUUUUCUAGCAAACGGGCCGUAUGCUUUGAUCACUACGGCUGUGUCCGCUGAUUUGGGAACCCAUCCUGAGUUGAAAGGAUCUACUCGUGCCUUGGCGACGGUUACAGCGAUUAUUGAUGGCACAGGUUCAAUAGGUGCAGCCAUCGGACCACUUGUUGCUGGACCCUUGUCGAAUUUAGGUUGGGACUACGUUUUCUACGCAUUGAUGAUGGCAAGUGCUAUGGGAUUAUUGUUAUUGACGAGACUAAUGGUAAAUGAGGCAAAGGCAAAAUACGGAAACACGAAUAACCCACAUCCUGUUACUCGAUUAGCAAUGACGGAUAAUGGCUGUGAUCGCCGAAAGGACGGCUGGACAUGGGUUCGCCACCGAAGAAUUGAGAUGGUCGACAAGAAAUUUACAAGAGGAUUCCUCAACCACCGAAGACUGCCCGCCGAAGAUUCGUCAUCAAAGUCGCGAACGGAGAGUUAUCCGCCCUCGAAGAAUUUCCAUUGGACAUCGUCUGUAACCGAUGGAGAAGUUUGGAGAGGAUUAUCGGACCUUAUGGAGGAUUCAAGCACCCCAAGAUGCCAAUGAUCGCUAAUUGUGACACCAGGAAAAUUUCUGUUAAAACUGGAGAUGGUCCAACCAGUAUUGAAAAAAGCUAGCCUGGGCAUUAGGGAUCAUCACUGGAGUUGCAGGAGUUUGCCAUGUAGGAGAUGAGUCACCAGCAAGAAUGGGCGUCUGUUAAGGAUGGAUGUCGCCGGACAACGGGAAUUGGCAGUAUCACACAAAAAAUAAGGUAUAAACGAUAUAUUGCACAUGUAUAACGACAUUUUUUUAUGUUAAGAAGGAUUUUCGGAGCUUUUGGAGGAUCUAAACACCCUGAGGAUCCCAAGAAUUGCUGACGGUGACCAGGUUAAAUUAUAUUAAAACGGGGGAAGUCUCACCCAGUAUUGAAAAUAACAAAACAAUGCUGGGCAUUGGGAGUUACCGUUGGAGACCGUCAUCUAGGGUUAUGAUCUUUCAACGAGAGUUGACGCCAGACAACCGAGAGUCGACGCCAGACAACCGAGAGUCGACGCCAGACAACCGAGAGUCGACGCCAGACAACCGAGAGUCGACGCCAGACAACCGAGAGUCGACGCCAGACAACCGAGAGUCGACGCCAGAGAAGACACUGAAGAAAUCAAGAUGGUACGGUGUAGUAUGGCCAAUACGGUAUUUCAUUAUUAGAACUGUGUAUUUUCUUGUUUUUGUUUGUUUGUUUUGUUAGUUUUUUUUUUUUUUUUUUCUCUUGCGUUUUUUGCCCUUGGGUUUUCUACUUUCACACACUACGGCUGUCCAAUCACCUUAGCCUAUAAAUAUUGGGUAAAUUAAUCUUGAUACGCACUCACAUUCACCACACGUUCACCUAACGGGGCGUUCACGGGUCUUGGCUGAUAUAACUUUCAAUUGAUCUGGUCAAUACCACUUCCGAUUAGGUAUUUAAGAAUUGCGAACCUUAUGUCCCGAAUGAAGCGGGUCGAUUUUUUGUGGAUUUAGCGGCUAUAUGGGUUUUCGGGUUGGGUCUUAAUCUGUCGGGUCUAAUGGGUAUGUCUACUCAACCCAUUUACAAGUAUCGAUUAUUAAAUCGAACAUAAUCACCGUACCCUAUCGUUUUUUUUAUAAUUCGUGUCUGCUACCAGAUGGUAGAUUUACUGCUUUUGGGUCAGUGACAGUGAGUGAAGAAGGAGUAGGCUACCGCGCUACCCCGCUGUUAACCUGUUAAUCCCUUUUGGUAAAUAAAAUGAAGUUUGUAAACAUCUUGUAAAUCUGUUUUCAACAUAGUCUCAAUGCAUGUCACGUCAAAUUCAACUUUGUGUAAAGACUUACCAGAAUAACAGUGACAUAGAAUGAAAUAGGAAUUGGGGAUCAUAAAAUUGGAGGGGAAAUUGUUGAACAUUUGUUUUUACAUCAUUGACGUUAUGUAUGUACCAGGAGGGAAAUACAGUUUUGCUAGCCACCUGGACUAGUGCACUUUUGCCUCAGCCCACUUGCCUUACAGAACAAGCAAUUGGAAUCUUCCAUCUGAACAGUCUGCAUAUUGUGCAUAAUGGAAUGUUCGUCAUUGAUGUUCAACAUGCUGAGGUCUUAUUACAUCUAGUGCAACAUCAAUAAGAAAAGGUUAGUUCAGCGUGCCAUGACAAUUCCAUUUUUUUGAGUUGACCAACUUGCCAAUUAUGUUAUAUGCGUUAUAUGCCAGCACGUCAUAUUCGUUAUCCACGCAGGUGUUUUUAUUAAUGAAAACUUUAAAAUUAGAAGUUCUGUGCUAAUCGGGUGGAUGUUUCUCGAUUGGUGAAACAUGUUGGUUGUCGUGAUGGGCUAUUUGUUGUUUAUGUACAAACUGUUUUUGUGAAUAUUAUGAUUGGUUGGUUUUGUUUGUUUA